CGUAAUUGGUCGAAGAGAGUAGUAAUUUGGUAAUGAAAUAAUGGAGUUGAUGAUGAAAAUUGUUUUUCUACUUGGACUACUCAUGAAAGUUCCAUCCCUGCCUCCUGUUGUGAAAAUAGGUGCAAUUUUCACGGAAGAUCAACGAAAUAGCUCCAGUGAGUUAGCAUUCAAAUUUGCAAUUGAUGAAAUCAACAAAGAUAAAACGUUGCUACCACACACUGUUUUAGCUUAUGACAUUCAGUACGUUUCAAUGAAUGACAGUUUUCACGCCAAUAAAAAAGUGUGUCAUCAAGUUCAAUUUGGUGUCCAUUCCAUUUUUGGACCUUCCGAUCCACUUCUUGGGACUCACAUCCAUUCAAUAUGCGAUGCACUCGAUAUACCGCAUUUGGAAAUACGUCUCGAUUCAGAAAAUGAUGUCAGAGAGUUUUCCAUCAACUUACAUCCGGCUCAGAAUCUGCUGUCCUCCGCAUUUGAAGAUGUCAUGAUAUUUUUGAACUGGACUCGCAUAGCAGUUGUCUAUGAAGAUGACUACGAUAAGAAUGUUGAAUAG